AUGGAUGCUAGCGUGAUCACCAUCGAGGAAUCCAGGUCGGAUGAUAAGUUUCUUUCUGUGUUCCGCGGGGGAGUGAAGUACGGUGCUGGAUUAUACGCAUCCAUUCGCCAAAGAUUGAAUCAACAUAAUUGCAUUUUGCUCGGCGGUUAUUUUCACAGUGGGCUUGUUGAGAAAGCAAUGUUGCUAUUUCAUGAGUUGGAAAGAAAGAGAGAAGAUAUUGAUAUUGAACUUUACACUGUUAUUAUUGACGGAUUGUGCAAAACUUGUCAGCUCGACAAAGCUCAUGCUAUUUUUGAGAAGCUUUCUUUGAUUGGAUUGUUUCCCAAUGUGAUUACAUACCCUACAAUAAUAAAUGGACUAUGUUUAGAAGGGUUGUUAGAUGAAACUAAAGAUAUGCUAAGAAAAACGGAGCACAAUGGUUAUUCGCCAAACAACUGCACUUACAAUGUUAUUAUGCAAGGAUUUCUCAAGUGUGGCAAAAUUAGUGAAAUGAACACUUUUUUGAAGGAAGUGAGUGGAACAGACUUCUCGUUUGAUGCAAGUACUGUAGAGUUACUAAUACACGUUUUAGCAAAGGAUCCUUCUUUGCUUAACAUGACACCACAAUUUCACUCGGGAAGUUAG